AGUUUCCAAAUCUUCAAACAAAGGAAGCACUACUGACCAGUAUUUAGUUUGUAGGAGAAGCCCAGCUGGGCUUCUUCUCAAUUUGAAGAAUAUAGUUAUAUGCUUGGGUGCCGAUUGCUACGUACUAGAUUAAUACUAGCGUAGUAAAAGGAUUUUGUACUGAUAUUCAAUGGCCAAUUGGGAGUUGAACCAUUGCUGCAACCAUGAGCAAGUGGUCUUCCUCACCUUUCUUGGUGUCUGUAGUGUUGUCAUCCUUGCUCUUUGGAGGACUGUAUUGAUGAUGCCGUUCAAACUUAUAACUGUCUUUAUUCACGAAGCUAGCCAUGCCAUUGCUUGCAAACUUACUUGUGGCCAUGUGGAAGGGAUACAGGUUCAUGCUGAUGAAGGUGGCGCUACACAUACACGUGGUGGAGUAUACUGGUUUAUCCUGCCUGCUGGAUAUCUUGGUUCGUCAUUUUGGGGAAUGGUUUUGAUACUUGCUUCUACAAAUCUUCUUACAGCUAGAAUUGCUGCUGGAUGUUUAGCUGUAGCUUUAGUCAUUGUACUUUUUAUUGCAAAGAAUUGGACACUUCGCGGGCUUUGUAUUGGAUUUAUAAUUUUCAUUGUUAUUGUCUGGGUUCUGCAAGAAACAACAAGGAUUCGCAUUCUUCGGUACAUCAUCCUAUUCAUUGGUGUCAUGAACAGCUUGUUUUCCAUUUAUGACAUAUAUGGUGAUCUGAUAUCUCGUAGAGUCCACAUUAGUGAUGCUGAGAAGUUUGCUGAGGUGUGCCCAUGUCCUUGCAAUGGCGUUGGUUGGGGUGUCAUCUGGGGAUUUAUUUCUUUGCUUUUUCUGUGUGCGGCUGCAUAUCUUGGUAUCGUGAUCCUGUCCUGAGCCUUGUCAAACCAACCCUUUAUAGACGCAAGUGACAACUGUGAGACAAAGGAGCAACACGGGUGCACUUCCAUGAAACUGCCCUACUAGUACAGGGUCAAAUGCAGAUACAAGAUUCCAGAAUCAAGUUUAUACUCUUCUGGACCUCAUGAAGAAGCUCAAUAUCUGAUCUUUGAGGAACAUUCAUUGGAUACCGUAGCCGUGUUACAAAGUUAAUAUGCCAACAUUCUAGGGAACCACGAGUUGGUUGUUUGCCAAAUUGCUGUGCCUUGUAGCUUUCAUGAUGGAUUAUACUAAUUGUUUGACAUCAUAUGCCACGGGCUAGUUAUUAUCUCGUGUUUAU